CCCUUUCCCUCCCCUUUCGCCUUCUGUUUCUCCAUCAAUUCCCGUCACUCCUCCCCUUCUUUGCUUUCUCUCUGAUUUUCUCCAGAGACUUCUAGUUUUUGAACAUCACAUUGUUCUUACCUCCUGGCCCUUCACUCAAAAAAAAAGAGAAGCACAGAAGCCAUGUUUCCUCUCCAUGUGACCCUCUUUGUACUUCUGGCCAACCUUGCCCUGUGCCAGUAUGAUGACUAUGACUACCAGCCUGUUUCAAUGCUUGGGCCAUCAGGACCAAACUGCAAUAAAGAGUGUGAUUGCCCAAUCAAUUUUCCAAGUGCAAUGUAUUGUGAUAACCGCAAGCUAAGGUUUGUCCCUAUAGUUCCAUCUGGGAUCAAGUACCUGUAUCUCCAGAACAACUUGAUUGAAGAGAUCAAGGCAGGAGUUUUUGAUAAUGUUACUGAUACCCUGCGCUGGCUGGUGCUUGAUCACAAUCAGAUAACCAAUGCCAAGAUAGAAAAGGGCACAAUUGACAAACUGACAGCCUUGGAGAAGUUAUUCUUCAGCUUCAACAACAUAACAGAACCAGCCAUCCCUCCCUCAAAGUUUCUUGAAGAGCUAAAGAUGAUGAACAACAAGUUGUCCAAGUUUCCCUCUGGACUCUUGACUGACAAGGUGAAUUUGACCUCCGUUAGUCUUCAGCACAACGAGCUAACCUCUGAAGCCAUCACAGAUGCAUUCAAAGGCCCGAAGAAGCUGCUGUCAUUGGACGUGAGCCAUAACAAGCUGAGAAAGCUGCCAGCAGGAGUCCCUAGUUCACUGGAAAUCCUCUAUGCUGAUUAUAAUGAUAUUGAUAAAAUCGGAGCAGGGUAUCUGAAAAAACUACCCUCCCUCCGAUACCUGAGGGUAUCCCACAACAACCUGGAGGACUCUGGGAUUCCUGCUGGAGCAUUCAAUGUCACUUCACUCUUGGAGCUGGACCUCUCCUUCAACAAACUCAAGUCGAUUCCUGAGAUCAACGAGCAGCUGGAGCAGCUCUACCUUCAGGCCAAUGAGAUCAACAAGUUUGAUCUAGCGAGUUUCUGCAAGUUCACAGGACCCCUGAACUAUUCACGUCUCAAGCAUCUGCGUCUGGAUGCCAACAUCAUCACGUACAGCGAUAUUCCCCCCGAAUCUGCAAACUGCCUGCGUCAAGCUUCGGAUAUCAUGUUUGAAUAAGGACCUCCAUCCAGUCUAGGAGUCCGCCAUCUGCUGCCAUGACAACUUCAACCCAAAGCUUUCUGGAUUUAGAUCAUUUCAAGUAAAUCCUUUCGUAUGUCUCUGCACGUCUUACAAGCAUUAUGCAACUAUGAAAUAUUUUUCAUAAUUCUCAUCUUAAUUUGUCUGCUGUUACAAUUUUUAUUCUUAAAAAUGCAUUUGUAAUGCAUCUUUCAAAAUAUACAUUCAAACAAGAAAUGUAAUUUCUUUGGAAAUAUAAUAAAAAAGGACACACACACUUUAAACAUUCCAACUUUGUAUAUAAAUAUGCCGAAUAUAAACACAUUGGAAUGUCAUACUUUCUCCAAUGUUAUAGUUUAGUCAUAGAGUAAUUUUGUAAUCUGUUAUGUUCCUUGUCUGUAUGUUAAUAAUAUAUAGCACAAUCAAGAUAAAAGUACAUUCUCAGAUUUCAGUAUGUAAUGUUAGGAAAUGUGAAAUAUCUGAGCAGAUUCAUAGCAGCCAUAUUUUAACAACUUGAAUGUAUUAAAGUGGUUAAAAGGAAAAUACCAAUGUUGUGAACUGCUUCAAAUUGAACCUUUUUUUUAUCAACAGCUUGAAGCCCAAUAACUGUUUUGUUUUGAUAAACAAAAUGCCUACUGUACAUGAAAAUAACUUUUUGAAGCAAACAAUAAGUAAUAUACAUUGCCAUUGUGCUUAACGUUUCAUCCUUUGUAUACUUGUAAUAGGUAAUAAAUGUUCAAUAACUCA